GAAGGGAUAUCUUGCGAGAUGAGCUAGUCAAGGCAAUGAAACAAGUUGAUAGCCACACCGUAUCUGCUGCUCAAGCCAAGUCUUUGAUGUCUGAGCAACAGUUCGAGGAGUUCUACCAGGGUUUCAUGGAUUAUCUUGGCGAAGACAAAGGCGAUUUCCCUGAGGACCCUUGGGUCGUGGAUGAUGAUGUUUGGUCUCGAGUGAUGAAGGAGUGGCUUGGAAUGAGUGAUCCCUCCAAGCUCGCACCGGUGCCGAAACGCCAAGAAGGAGGUCUUCCAUCGUUCAAGAAGUUUGGCCUUGAUGAAGAAAGUGAUGACGAUGACCUCGGGCUUGCCAAAGAUGGGGACGAGGAAGAGGCAGAAAAUGAAAUGUACGAGAGGAAGCUUGAUGUUGACAAUGAGCAGACCGAGCAAGUGGAUGAAAAGAGGAAGAGUCGAAUGGACUUCUUUCAGGAAUUGGAGUACGCAUGGUUGCCAUACCUGGAGGAAUACUACGAAACGCUGACUCCAGAGAUGCGGAGUUUGGAUUGGCGCCAAGAGGACCUUUGGCGAUUGCACCCUCAACAACGGCGUGAAUGCUAUCGGCAAUGGCUACUGGAGGCGCAUGAAGAAGCCAGAGGAAUUCUGCCAGAGCUGGCACAUUUGCUGGAGAGGAAUGCCGAAAGCAGGGCAGCUCUGGAUCGCGAUCGCAAGCUGGCAGUUCUCCGCGAGAUGCAGGUUGUUGGAAUGACGACAACCGCUGUCUCCAAAUAUCAGCUCCUCCUCAAGGAGCUGCGACCAGAAAUCGUGAUUGUGGAAGAAGCCGCAGAAGUAUUGGAAGCACACAUUCUCACAGCGCUUCAUCCGCGUACCCAACACGUUGUUCUCAUUGGAGACCACCAACAGCUGCGCCCGUCGACUGCGGUCUACCGUCUCUCAAAGCAGUUCCAUUUGGAUGUCUCUCUCUUCGAGAGGUUGAUCCACAAUGGAGCAAGCCAUGUCACGUUGCUUCAACAGAGGCGGAUGCAUCCAAAGAUUUCCAGAUUGAUCAAGCCGCGUCGGGCUGAAUUCUGCCUUGCGCUCCUUGCCGUGCUGUCUCGGCCAAGUCCAGUCACGUCAAUGUCAUUUCAUUUUUUGCCACAAGGUACUAUCCCCAGCUCCGUGACC